AUGUCUGUGAGGUAUGAGAGCACUCUAAAUAUGCUGCGAUCCGAAAAUCCUCUCGAGACGUUGGUGGAAGGUAAAGAGUUGGAAUCAGAUAUAAGUGGUGAUGAUAGCAGUGAUGAAGAUUUUAACGUUGAUGUGAACUUACAGAAUGCGUCGCUUUCUGAAAGCAGUGAUUGUGAUGUCGAGGACAAUUCUGGAAAUGUGAUCCCUAUGCGGGAAGCCGGAAGCUCACGUGGAAGCGGACGUGGUCGUGGUCAAGGACGAGGCAACAACGUGGCUGGCAGCAGUAAUGAGAAGUAUACCUCAUCCAGCGGUAUUCUCUGGACCCCUAUGAACCUUAGCAGCACCGCUUUCACUUCAGGUCGCACGCCAGCUCGAAAUACUGUAACCACUGCAAGUGGACCAACGUCGUUUCCACGUCGUAAUAUAGGAACAAAUCCUGCUUCAGCGGGGCGUUUGAUGGUGAGUGAAUCAAUGGCGAAACACAUUCAAUCAUGUACAGUUGCAGAGGCACGACGCCAACUUAGAGAUGAUAGUAACUGGCAUGUUACUCUGGAAGAACUUGAUGCCUUUUUUGCCCUCCUGUAUGUCCGUGGAGCACUAGGCCAUUCAAAACUUUGUGCAGAUGAUUUGUGGAACAAGAAUUGA